AUGAAUUCCUUUAUAAAACAGUCAUUCGUGGUAUCCGGAGCUGCGCUAAAUAUAAUCGGACAUGGUUGUGCGCACGGGUUCCCGGCGGUGCUGUUCGCUCAGCUCAAGACCGACGGAGGGCCAGUCGUACUCACCGACCAUGACACUUCCUGGAUUGCGUCAUCAGUUGGUAUAAUGGGCAUCGUCGGAAAUUUCAUUUCACCCGUUCUGAUGACACGCUUCGGAAGACAAAAGGCACAUCUGAUGUGCACAGUACCAGCUCUUCUUGGCUGGGUAGUAUUCGUCUUAGGAAAUUCCGUCCCACUAUUCCUAUUGGCACGAUUACUACAUGGCCUAGCUUUGGGACUUCGAACGCCUUUAGCAGCUAUCUUAGUAGCAGAAUACACUGAGCCUAGAUACAGAGGCGCGUUCUUAGGUACAUUUGCUAUAUCUUUAGGACUUGGUAUUCUACUUUCACAUGUAUGGGGCGCACAUUUAACUUGGAAAAUGACUGCGAUUGUAUGUUCGAUGUUCCCGAUAAUUUCAAUGGUAAUCAUCAGCCUAUCACCAGAAUCACCAAGUUGGUUAGUUUCCAAAGGCAAAUACGACGAUGCUAAAAAAGCCUUCCGUUGGGUGCGAGGAGAUGGAGAGGAACAGCGAGAAGAAUUAGAAACAAUGAUACGAUCUCAAGAAAGAGAAAAACUUUUAGAAGAAUCGAAAAAGAAGGGAGAACCACAAGAGAACUUGAAGGCUAAGAGAUUGUUCAGGUCUACGAUAAACACAAUUAAAACGGUCAUGAAGAUUUUCAAGAAAAAGGAAUUUUAUAAACCGUUGAUAAUAGCUAUUUGUAUGUUGAUUGUGUUUGAAUUUGGAGGUGCCCACAUGGUACCAGCUUAUGGAAAUUUAAUAUUGCAAAGAGUUUUAAACAAAGAAAGCCCUAAAGAAGUGACUUGGCAGUUUACAGUUAUAGACAUUUUGAGGACGGUGUGCGCUUUUCUAGCAAUAUUCUUACUUAAGAAUGUAAAACGUAGAACUAUUUUAUUUACAAGUGGUGCAAUGACCGUAUUAUCUCUUACAGCAAUAUCUAUAUUUAUUUAUUUAAGAAAAAUGGAAAUACUUACAUAUAGCUUUAUGUUAGAUACAGUUCCUAUGUUAUUAAUGAUUGUGUAUACCAUUUCUUUCUGUUUGGGAUUAGUACCACUUAAUUGGGUUAUUUGUGGAGAAGUUUUCCCAUUGAAUUAUAGAAGUUUGGGUUCGACUUUAUCAACAUCGUUUUUGACUCCAGCUUUUAUUGUAUCAAUGAAGACAGCUCCACAUUUCUAUUCAUCUAUAGGUGUUGAAGGUGCGUUUUUAGUCUAUUCAGUUACUUUGACAGUAUGUUUGUUAAUAAUGUAUGUUAUGUUACCAGAAACUAAAGACAGAACCUUACAAGCUAUUGAAGAUAGUUUUAAGGGAAAAAAUGAUACAGAAGCAGAAGUACAACUCAGCCUUAUAGAAAACGGAAACAUUGUAAAAUAGUUUUUAAUUAAUAUAAGACAUAGUUAAAAAUUGUACCCUUUCAAUAAGUGUUGUAACUGCGUCUUUCAUAAUAGUUUUAUAUUGUAUUAAAUGGUCAAUCAGUGACUUGAAAA